GAGAGAGAGAGAGGGGGAAAGAGCGAGCGCAGUCGUUUGGAUUCACUCCACUUUCUCAUCACACACAGUGCAGCCGCGCUGGACCGGGAGACGGACAGAGUUUGUGGCGGCAGAGCAGUAACCGCGCGUCGGGGUGGAAACUAACCGGACGACCGCUGCUGACAACUCCCGGAUCUACCGGACAUAGUGUUUCUUGCUUGGGUGACUUUUAACCGUUUUUUUACCCCCCCCCCCCUCUUUUUUUUUCUCCCUCUCUCCUGCCCCGGUGCUCAGUCCGUUUACACCACCACCACCUCCACCCCACUACCUCCCCAAGCGUGCCAUCAGCGGAGGAUGCUGCUGCUGCCGGUGUCGGUACAAACUGCCCGGUGGUAACGGUUCUUGAAGGAGUAGUGGUGAGUGAGUGACCCCCUGUUCAGACGGGUCUCCACCCCACACACACACACACCCCACGGCUGGGCUCUAGCUCCAGCCGUUACCCCGGAGAGAGGAAGGACCGGCGGGUCGACGCGCAGCGCUGGUCACGACAGUAAAAGUGGACAGAAAUUGUGAGAGGAAUUGGAGGAAUAAUUACCCCCGCCUGUCCAACUGGAUUGUUUGAUUUGUUUUAAGGUCUUUUUCCGGUGGAUUGUUAAUUUCGGGUUUUUUUUUUUUUUUACUGCCGGAGGUCUGGAGCGGCUCCGUCUGGGUACCGAGGAGGAGCGGAGCCUGUAGCCGGGCUGGAGCGCUCAGAGCUGGGGAACCGCGCGGCUCGCACCCGGUCCAGAGCGGGGCUGUCGGGUGGAGACAUGGCGGCGCUGAGGUGGGAGGUCCUGUUGUUCCUGGCGGUCGUCCUGCUGGUCUCCUGUAACGCCGCACCCUCCGACAUCCUGUAUCGGGUUCCAGAGGAGCAGCCGCCCAACACGCUGAUUGGCAGCUUGGCGGCCGACCGGGGCCUGCCCGACACCGGUCACCUCUACAAGCUGGAGGUGGGCUCGCCGUACCUGCGGGUGGACGGCAAGACGGGCGACAUCUACACCACCGAGAUCCCCAUCGACCGCGAGACGCUGAGGGACUGCCGCAACCUUUUUGAGGGCGACAAAUGUUUCCUGGAGUUCGAGGUGUCGAUCACCGACAUGGUGAAGGGCAUCGGCUCGGGGCCGCGGCUGAUCGAAGGCCGCAUCGAGGUGAUGGACAUCAACGACAACACGCCGCAGUUCUCCUCACCCAUCCUCACCCUCUCCAUCCCAGAGAACACGCACAUCGGCGCCCUCUUCUCCAUCCCCAUGGCAACCGACAGGGACUCCGGCACCAACGGCGUGGCCGAGUACUCGCUGAGCACCGGGCCCGACGCCGACCAGCUCUUCAGCUUGCAGGUCGCGGUCGACACGGACGAGAAGCUGCCGCAGUUGGUCGUCAUGGGCAACUUGGAUCGCGAGAAGAAGGACUCGUACGACCUGAACAUCCGGGUGGUGGACGGCGGGAGGCCGCCGAGGGCCAGCAGCGCUCUGCUGCGGGUCACCGUCACCGACCAGAACGACAACGCCCCCAAGUUUGAGAGGACUCACUACGACACCGAGCUGCCGGAGAACAGCCCGCUGGGACACUCAGUGCUGCAGGUCAGAGCCAACGACGCAGACACUGGCAUCAAUGGGGAGAUUGACUACAGCCUCCAUCAGGCGUCGGAGACCGUCCAGAGGCUUCUGCGCAUCGAUCGCUCCACCGGCAUCAUAUACGUCAAAGGCCUGGUGGACCGCGAGGAGGAGAACUUCCUCAAGUUCUUUGUGGUCGCCAAAGAUCGCGGGCCCAACGCUAAGAGCUCCAAGGUCCUGGUGACCGUUAACGUCAGGGACCAGAAUGACAACGCCCCAGCCAUUGAGAUCCGCGGUAUUGGUUUGGUGACGCACCAGGACGGCGUGGCCAACAUAUCUGAGGAAAUGCCCAUCGGCACCGCAGUGGCGUUGGUCCAGGUGUCAGACCGCGACGAGGGGGAAAAUGCGGUGGUUACGUGCGUAGUUGCCGGUGAUGUCCCGUUUCAGCUUCAACCUGCAAGUGAGUCAGCCAACGAUCGGAAGAGGAAGUACUUCCUGCAGACGACUACCCUGCUGGAUUAUGAGCGUGUUAAGGAUUACAGGAUUGAAGUUGUCGCUGUGGAUUCUGGGAACCCAGCGCUGUCCAGCACCAACUCCCUCAAGGUCCAGGUUACAGACAUGAACGACAACACGCCAAACUUUUCCCCUGAGUUGCUCGAGGUGGACUUUGCAGAGGGCAACCAGCCAGGCGACAAGGUGCUGGAUGUUGCGGCGACAGAUGCGGACAGUGGCACCAACGCAGAGCUGUCCUACAGCAUCAUCGAGCUUUCGGCCACCAGGCUCUUCGAGAUCGACGCCAACAGUGGGGAGAUUCGUGUGAAGAACCUGUUGGAUCGGGAGGAGACGGAGCGUUACGAGUUCCGCGUGGCGGCAGCAGACAAGGGUGUUCCCAGCAAAACGGGCACCGCUACAGUGGUGAUUAACGUCCUGGACCGCAAUGACAAUGACCCCAAGUUCAUGCUGAACGGCUACAGCUUCUCCGUCAUUGAGAACAUGCCUCCGCUCAAUCCCGUCGGUGUGGUGACCGUGACUGAUGCUGAUAAAGGGGAAAACGCCCGAGUGAGGCUGUUUGUUGAACCGGACAAUGGCAAGUUUGUCAUCCAGAACGGCACAGGAACCAUCCUGUCCAGCAUCUCUUUCGACCGUGAGAAGGAGAGCACCUACACCUUCCGUCUGAAGGCUGUGGAUGCCGGUGACCCUCCUCGAUCCUCCUACGUCGGCGUGACCAUCAACGUCCUAGAUGAAAAUGAUAACGCCCCCUACGUCACCAAACCGUCCAACUCCUCCUACACUUACUUGACACCCGUCACACCACCGGACACCCGUGUGGAGGUGGUAGAGGCUGAGGACAUUGACUCUGGACCCAACGCUGAGCUGUUCUACGCCAUCACAGGCGGCAACCCGUACAACCUGUUCCACAUCUCGCCGAGCAGCGGAGAGAUCACACUGGCGCAGGAAUUCAAUGGCAAGCACAAUGGACUGCACCGCCUGGUGGUGAGGGUCAGCGAUAAAGGCAAACCUCCCCGCCACACAACCGCCCUGGUCCAUGUUUUCGUCAAUGACACUAUGUCCAACGUCUCCCUCAUCGAAGCGCUGGUCGGACACAGCCUCUACACCCCUCUGGACAGGGACAUUGCCGGAGAUCCCAACUACGCCCUUGCUCAGCGCAGCAACAUCCUGUACGGUAGCCUGGCGGGGAUCGCUGGUGUGAUUCUGGUCAUUGUAGCCGUGGUGGUCAUCAGACACCGGCUGCAGAAAGACACCAAGAGCGGCUACCAGGCCGGCAAGAAGGAAAGUAAGGACUUGUACGCUGCAAAGCAGGGCCCCAAGAACGGCAAAGGGAAAAAGAGCAAAAAGGGGAAAGCUCCAAAACCUGCCAAACCACUGGAGGAGGACGAGGAGGCCAGCCUGCAGAAAGGCCUCAAGUUCAACCUCAUCAACGACAGCGUCAACGACAGUCCCAGAAUCCACCUGCCACUUAACUACCCGCCGGGAAGCCCCGAUCUGGGCCGCCACUACCGCUCCAACUCCCCACUACCCUCCAUCCAGCUGCAGCCACAGUCGCCCUCCGCCUCCAAGAAGCACCAGGCUGUUCAGGACCUCCCCGCCACCAACACCUUCGUGGGAACCGGCGACAACAACUCCACAGGCUCCGACCAAUAUUCGGAUUACAGCUACAAGGCCAACCCGCCCAAAUACAGCAACAAACAGCUCCCCCACCGCCGAGUGACCUUCUCCACGGCCAACCAGGCUCAGGACCUGCAGGACGCGUCCCAGCACAGCUACUACGACAGCGGCCUGGAGGAGUCGGAGACCCCCAGCUCCAAGUCUUCGUCGGGGCCGCGGAUCGGCCCGCUGGCGCUGCCGGAGGAUCACUACGAGCGGACCACGCCCGACGGCAGCAUCGGCGAGAUGGAGCACCCGGAGAACGGUAAGACCAGGUGGAGCGUCGUCGAGCACCGAGCCGGAGAGGGGGGCCGGACAAAAAAGACUGCCUUAAGACAAAACUAAAGACACAAAGAGCAUCUCAAGCUUUUUUUUUUCUCCUUCUCCAAUUAAAAAAAAGAAAAAAAAAAAAAGAGAAAGAAAACAGAUUAAGUCCUCAAGCUUUUUCCGUCUCUGCUGCAGCUCUGAGGAUUUUCUCUCUCCCCUGCCCUCCUUGUCUGUGGUCGUGAACUGCUUUUAUUUUUAUUUUUUAUUUUUGUCUUCAUGUUUCACAUUUUUGGUACAAGUUUCCGUCGAGGAGAAUCGAAUCACAAAAAAAAAAACUGAUGAAAGAACAAAAUUUUUUUUUGUUGGAGAAAAUGUCCUGAAAUAACAAGGAAUUAAAGGUGUGUGGUUCUUCCGGGGGUCUUUUUUCCCCCUGCACCUCUUCGUUAGGUCAUUUUUCGGGGAGGCGGAUUUGUACUUUUUCUGUCGACGCUGCUUUCUAUGUGGAUGUAACUGAAGCAUAAAGUGGACUCGUCACGAUCGCAGUGGAUUAUCAGCUCUCCACCUUUCAUGGGUUUUUGCUCUUGUUGCUCUUUUUGCAGCUGUUUUUUCCUUUUCUUCCUGUGUGAGAACCGUAGCUCCACUUUGUUUUCCCCAGGGUCACAUUUUAUAGGCAAAUCAAUCCCUUUUCAAACAUGUAACUGUUUUGUUUUUCUUUUGGUAGCCCUGGUGCCUGUAGUUGAUGAUAGACAGUCAGGGUUCGGAGGACAGGGUGAACGGCAGAUAAUCAGCCCAUAACCCGCCUCCUCUCAACGGCCAAUAGAAACUCUGGUAGGAACUGACAGGAGCUGUUGUGGAAACCUUUUUGGACCCCGUUGUCGCUACUCAAUCAUUCAUCUUUACUCGAUUGGGACGUUCGGCUGCAGUUAAAGGAGCAGUCCGACAUUUUGGGAAACCCUCAUGUUUAAACCAGAGUCAGGUGAUGGAAACAUUUGUGUGUCCCGUAUAGAAACUGAUGCUGUUUAGCCUAGCUUAGCACAAAGACUGGAAGCAGAGGGGAAACUGCUAGCCUAGCUCCCAACACAAACAUGUCAGUAUUGGUGUAUGUGCAGGCCGAUGACUAACAAGAAACUGCAGAGCAGAGAAGACGAAGAUGUUUGCAGCAGUUUAGAUUUUAACUCAUAAAACAACCAAUCAGAGGGAGCCCACAGCACCUCCCUGCUAUAUUCAUACAGAUUAAGCUAAAUUAUCUUUUAAUAAUUAUUAUUAAAAACCCUCCUGCAGAGUUUUUACAAUUGUAAGAUUAGAAAUUAAUAUUGUGUCAGAUCUUCAGACUUUCAAAUAUCAACAUGUAGUGUUGGUCGGGCUGUAAGAAAUUUCAGCCUCAUGUUUUUACAUGAACCUCAUCCAUCUUUCAUCAGAUUACGUAUUUCUUGGUAAAACCAAAUAAAGGUUUUGUACAAUUUUCUUGUAACUAACAACAACAAAUAUGUAAAAUAAAAUAAAAAAUAACAAAUUCUUGCAGCUGCAGUAUUUGAAGUUGUGAGAGCACAAAAUAUCACGUGCACAUAUUCAAGUCCUGCAAAAAGCUGGUGAAGAAGUAACGUGCACUAAGGGUCGUAGUCGGUCUGUUGGCACUGCAGCUUCACCUUACCUUUGUAACAACAGCUGUAGAGAGUGGAGCCGGGGUCUCAGAAGUGGCGGCCCCACCUCAUACUGCUGCUAGCUUAGCCUGCUAACGUAGCUACAUAAAUACAAACAAUAAGAGGUUUUUGAUGAAGCUAAGUUAGAGCUUCCCCUGCUUCCAGUCUUCGCCCUCAGCUGAACACAUCCUGAACUCGUUCUAACAGCAUUCAUUAAACGAUAACAACUAGAAAAUGCAAUAUGAUUAUUAAAUUUAAUAUUAGAUUAAAUUGCAGCAAAAUAUUCAGAUUGAUUAAGGAGGAAUGAUGUGACGUACACUCAUCUAUCUAUCUAUCUAUCUAUCUAUCUAUCUAUCUAUCUAUCUAUCUAUCUAUCUAUCUAUCUAUCUAUCUAUCUAUCUAUCUAUCUAUCUAAUUCUGCUGCUACUCCAUAUUUGAACCAAAUCAGCUCUCCAUCUUUAUCAUCCCUCCUCUUCCUCUUCCUCUUCUUCCUCGUCUCCUCAGCGAAGGUUUCGACUUUUAAAGAUAAAAUAGAGUGUGUGUUUUUUUCUAUGGAGUUUAACUGCCAGUCAAUCCGCUAUCUCUAUCAACCUGUCAGUCAACUCUCUAAAGACUGCGACUCUCGCUGACCUGUCAGUCAGAUCUCCACUUCCUUGUAUCUUUCAGUAAAUAAACCAUGUGUAGGACUCAGCUGGUUGGUUAGUGCGACAUCUUAGUAAACAGAUGAGUAACCGCUGAUCAAAGCCUGGACUUUUUGUAUGUAAGUACAACAGUACAGUGUGUUUAUUCUGAAUUAUAACAGUAUGUUUAUGGGAUAUAAAGUUGUAAAAUGGUGAAUAUUUGUAGUCAUCAAUGGUUUGCUGUAGGAAUCAAACAGAGCAGCUCUGACCCGCUGCUGUACCUGUGAAUGUACUUUGUAUUCAGAGGUUUUUAUUACAAUAAACAAGUGCUGAAAUCAGACACGA